CAAUUCUCCUCUCCUCACUGGUUGGUUAUCUUGGUUUGAUUUCAAUUUCCCUUUUAUACCCUUGAGGUCUCUCUCAAUCACGAGCGUAAUAGAAGAAAGCGUCAACGGUUUUUGUUUGAUUCCCAUGAUUUUUUUUUGAGGCAUAAUUUUGUAGUUUAUAGAUUUGUGUGGGCAGCAUAUGUGAGCAGGAUAAGCAUACGUAGUUUCACUGUCGUUGUGUGUGAAAGAAGAUGAAUCUCUUUUCCCGUUCGACGGUGGUUCUGUGUCUGGUGACUUUAUGUUAUGCUGCCGGAAAUGUGGUUUUGGGUUCCGGCGAGAAGGUUGAGAUUCUAAAGCAUUUGAAUCGUUUGAACAGACCUUCAAUGAAAUCUAUCAAGAGCCCUGAUGGAGAUAUAAUCGACUGUGUUCAUAUCUACCGUCAAGCAGCUUUUGAUCAUCCUUCCCUCAAAAAUCACACCAUUCAGACGAGGCCAAAUUUUCAUCCAGAGGGGAUAAAUGAUGAGAGCAUCAAAGUGUCAGCCAUGAUGAAGUCUUUUACAGAGAAAUCGUCAUCGAAAAAGCAGCCAACAAUUUCUCAAUUAUGGCAUGAGAAUGGGAAGUGCCCAAAGGGGACAAUCCCUGUUAGAAGAACCAAGAAAGAGGACAUCCUCAGAGCUAGCUCAAUCCAGAGUUAUGGGAAGAAAAACAACCUCUCCCUUGUUGCCCAUCCAACUUCUGUUGAUCUUGACCUUAUCAAUCAAAGUGGCCAUCAGCAUGCAAUUGCCUAUGUUGAAGGAGAGUUUUAUGGAGCAAAGGCAACUAUGAAUGUUUGGGACCCUAAAAUACAGCAGCCCAAUGAAUUCAGCUUGUCUCAAAUAUGGUUACUGGGAGGCUCAUUUGCUUCAGAUCUCAACAGCAUUGAAGCUGGUUGGCAGGUCAGCCCAGAUCUAUAUGGGGAUAGCAACACCAGAUUCUUCACAUAUUGGACUAGUGAUGCAUAUCAAGCCACAGGCUGUUACAACCUUCUGUGCUCAGGAUUCAUUCAAAUCAACAAUGAGGUAGCAUUGGGGGCCAGUAUUUCUCCUCUUUCUAAAUAUCAUGGUUCCCAAUAUGAUAUCAGCAUACUUAUCUGGAAGGACCCCGAUCAAGGGAAUUGGUGGAUGCAAUUUGGGAAUGGGAAGGUGCUCGGAUACUGGCCAGCUUCGUUAUUUUCUUACUUAAGUGAGAGCGCAUCAAUGAUUCAAUGGGGAGGAGAGGUGGUUAACUCAGCAUCAGAUGGGCAACACACAACCACCCAGAUGGGCAGUGGCCAUUUCCCUGAAGAAGGCUUCAGUAAGUCCAGUUACUUCAGAAAUGUUCAAAUAGUGGAUGGAUCAAACAGUCUAAGGGCUCCUAAAGACGUAGACACCUUCACCGAGCAGGCUAACUGCUACAAUGUUCAAACGGGCAAGAACGAUGGUUGGGGCAGCUACAUUUACUAUGGUGGGCCGGGUAGAAACCCCAACUGCCCGUGAAGCUCGAUACUUAGACAAGUUCAAGAAAAGAAUCAACGUUGUGUUUGGUCUUGAAGCGUAAAGGCGUGGAUAGAAAAAACAGCAUCAUGUUGGUAUGUAUUAUCGUAGGUGUAAUUAUGUACGAGUCUCCUAAUUCAGUUGAUCUCAUACAGACAUGCUAGAAACAAAAUAUGUGCAUGCAUUCUUUCGAUUUGGGUUUUGGUUUGUUAUCAAUCAUGACGACUCUACAAAACUGCGAAGUGUAAGUAUUUGGGUUCGCCGUCUUGUCUGUGAAAUUGUGACAUUUCAGAGGGUCGGAUUUAGUACAUGACAUUUUGAAUUCU